CUGUCUUUUAUGAACAAUCUUUGGAUAAUUUCCUUAAUUACUGUGUUGCUAAAAUUGUAAUCAACAGCAACUGUGAGAGUUUAGAAUAGUUACAGAGGUAACAGUCAAGUUUUGAUUGUAUUUGAGAAUAAAGACAAGUACAUGUGGACACGUUUAUUGUAGCAGCAGAACGCAAUUAAACCUUUCAAAGUGCUACUUUCCUUGACGGAUAUAUGCUGCAUAAUUUUAUAUUUGAGUUCUAAAAGAAUACAGGACCAAAAGUAAACAUGAAUAACACUUUGAAUACGAGCAAUGGAAAUAUUCUAUUGGAACGCAUAAACGCGCGGAUAGCUCACAAUAUGACGCCAGUGAUUGUUUAUCUUGUCAUCCUAAUGUGUGUAGGAUUGUUUGGAAAUGCAUUAGUGAUCCUCUUCUAUGGACGCAAUGCGAGACAAUCCAAUCACUCUCUUUUCAUUUGCACCGUCGCUAUCUAUGAUAUGAUCGCUUGUGUACUUUCAGUACCAUCUGACAUAGCUGAUCUUCUUCUGUUCUUCACUUAUGAUAGCAAUACUGCAUGUAAAAUAUUUCGAUUUGUGAACCAUUUCGCAGCUAUCGGUAGCAUUGGAGUUUUGUUGGAAAUCGCCAUUGACAGAUUUAGAAGAAUUUGCAGACCUCUCAAAACGCAAUUAAAUCACAAACAAGCAAUGUUAGCAUGUGCAGGGUCCAUUUUGUUUUCGCUUGUCUUAUCAUGGCCGUCACUGGUCUUUUACUCAGCAUUUCCGAUAUCAAUUAAAAGUGAAGAUGGUCAAGUAGUAAAUGGACAUAUUUGCACUACAACUAAAGAAGGGAGCUACCGUACAUACUUAUGGAUUUUUAACAUCUUAUAUAUGGGGUUAUUUAUUAUAAUUACAGCCAUUUUAUGUGUAAUGUAUUCCAUAGUAGGAAGAGUGCUUGUAAAGCACAAUCGUAUAACAAAGCAACACAAAAGGCCGGAAAUCUCAGAAUUUUCUACUUCCGGAGGAAUGGAAACUUCCUUUACUGAUGAUACAUGCACAACAGAACGAAACACAAAUGAUAUGAAAAUGGCUACGAUACAGGCUACAAAACGGAAACCAGUUAAAAACAAACCAAACCACCUGAACCCCACAACAUUGAAGUUCACGAUCAUAAUGUUAGUGGUAACGGUUGUGUUUGUGCUCAGCUUUCUACCAUUACUGGUUUUAAUACUAUGGCGUACUGCUAACGGCGCUUAUGAGUAUGAUUUACUAUCGGACAGUGAACUUGUGGCAUACCAAUUUGGGAUAAGAACGUAUUUCCUGAACUCUGCUAUCAACCCAUUUACGUAUGGGUUCUUCAAUUCCAGCUUUAGAGAGUUUGUGAAGAAAAAAGUUUGUCUUUGUUACAGACGGAAGGUUUAAGCCUACAUCCAAUGCAACGACAUCGGCAACAGUAUUAUAUCUUAUAUGUGAACUGAUUUUCAUAAGAGAAGAAACAACCAUGGACAUAAUUUCCGCAUGUUUCUUAAUCCUGAUUCCAACAUUCCGAAUAAGAUUCAAAAUGCACAACGUAAUUUGUUUACAUAAUUAUGAUUAGUUUGAAAGUGAUGUUUAGUUCUAAAUAAUGUUUAAGACUUAUAGUCCAUUGAUAUAUGUGUUUGCAAAAGACAGGCUUUUAUAAUUAAUUGUACAUGUUUGCCUCUAAGACUUAAUUAAUUUGAUGUUUUUAACUUUAUGCUAUGUUGUGUUACGUUAAUAAAAUCAUAAUUUGGG